GAUUAUUCAUUCUGUCCAGGUACAACCGAGCAGUCAGGCAGUGCUGCUGUGUUUACGAGUGUGUGUGUGGUGUGUGUGUGUGUGUGUGCAUGAGUGUGUGUGUGUGUGUGUGGGAGACAGAGAGAGAUUUGCUGCAAGCUACAUUACAGAACUGCUUUAAAGGCUUAAACUCAACCAGAUCUGGAUUAAGCAAGGAGAGAUUGGAUCUAUUUCCAAGGGUGAGGCAUCGAAAUAAUACCAACAGGCUCUGUGGGAUGAUGCACUGAAAGCGGGCUGCUCUCAGGCGCCCAGCAGUCCUCAUCCUCAUCCUCCUCCUCAUCCUCUGCUGUGCCUGCAGUAAGAACAAGUCCUGGUGCAUUGUGGUCUCCAUAACGUCCGUAAGCAUCGGGAGAGCUGCGGAAUCCCUUCCUUUCCUUUUUCUUCCUCCCCCGGCGUGAUGGCCACUCUUCUGCGAAAGAUCGGUCUGAUCCGCUUGCACGACCGAGACACAGAAGACCCCAAGCACCAUCCGAAAGGGACUAAGCAAGGGAAUCAGAAAAACAGCACCAAGCACUGUCACCAAAACGAGACGAACAUCCUGAGCACCCCAGAAAUCAAGGCCAAGCGCUCGGACGUCUCUGCCAAAGACAAAGCUCCUGCGAAGGACAAGCCGAGCAAAGAGACGAAGGAGAAGCAGCAGACGGGCAGCGCCAAGUCGAGCUCGAGCUCCGUGCCAUCGCUGGCGCCCAACAGGCAGCACUGUGCGCAGGUGAGGACGCGGCGCCUCAUGAAGGAGCUGCAGGAGAUCCGACGCCUGGGAGACGACUUCAUUACGGUCGAGCUGGCCGACGACAACCUGUACGACUGGAACGUCAAGCUGCACCAGGUGGACAAGGACUCGGCGUUGUGGCAGGACAUGAAAGAGACCAACACUGAGUACAUCCUGCUCAACAUCUCCUUCCCUGAUAACUUCCCGUUCUCGCCGCCGUUCGUCCGCGUGCUCACGCCGAGGCUGGAGAACGGCUACGUCCUGGACGGAGGAGCCAUAUGCAUGGAGCUGCUGACGCCGCGCGGUUGGUCCAGCGCCUACACCGUGGAGGCCGUGAUGAGGCAGUUCGCCGCCAGCCUCGUCAAAGGACAGGGCCGGAUCUGCAGGAAAGCAGGAAAGUCCAAGAAAGCCUUCAGUCGCAAGGAAGCCGAAGCCACAUUCAAGAGCCUCGUGAAGACCCAUGAGAAGUACGGCUGGGUUUCUCCUCCCGUUUCUGACGGCUGAGGAGCUUCCAGUCUCCGCAUCAUCCCCUUCCCUCUCCACGCAGCUUUCUCCAGUUUCUCACCUCCAAACAUUCUUUUGUUAAAAAAAAAAAAAAUAAAAGAGGUAUCAUCUCACACUGUAUGUCGAUGACUGACUCUUCAUUCGGCCGUCUGCCAUUUCUCACUAAGGUGCCAUGGACCACUCGCUCGCCAUGACAUCACAUUUCGAAACGACGAAUGGAUACUACUAACAUGUUUUGACAAAAGGAAGUGAGCGAAGCCCUGGGGAAAGAAUUAGGACAGACCCCAACCCUCACUGACGAUCACUCGAUACCUCUCUGUGUUUAUGUCAGUCCCUUUCCCUUCUUCUUCUUCUUCUUCUCUGUUUUCUCUUUACUGUAUUAGAGACAACACAUUGCACUGAACACCAUCAGACGUUUUCAUUUACAUGCAUUGUAAUGACGUUUAAUAGCAAGGCAGUACAUUAGAGGUUCAGUUUUGUCUGUUCUUCUUUGACUGCGCUAUUUUUUUUCCUCAUGGUUUCAAUGCAACAUGAAGAUUGUAACUUAUGUGGAGCUGUGCUCUCUCUCUCUCUCUCUCUCUCCCUCCCUCUCCCUCCCUCCCUCCUUCUAUGCGCGUGGCUAAAUUUAGACAUCACUGUGUUGCAUAGCUGGUGAUUGAUUUCUCGUGGAGAUGAUUUAAAACAAAAAAAAAAAGAAAAAAAAACACUCAUUGCUUAUGCAGAGGUACUGUAAAGAUAAAAGAAUGGUAGUGAGCCAUUCUUGCUAAUCAUUACUAUCAUUAGUAUUAUUACAUUUUGGAUUUUUUGUUUUUUGUUUUUCUCCUCUCAGAGAAGACCAAUAGCAUUGAAUUUCGAUGAUGUUGAUACCAGAUGGCAGAACUGAAUGUGAGAGUCUCGGAGCAUGAGCAUGCGUGUGGUGUGGCGUGUACGCAGUAGGAGCAGAUCCACAUCCGUGAUGCAUUUUAGAAAUGUACGUGAGCCUUUCGUGAUGGAUUUAGCGUUCUCAGAGAAACGAGAAUCCCUGAUUUAUUGAUUUACCCCAGAUUUCUCUGUGAGACAUAAAUAUAAUUGGAGACUGAAUGUACCUGUCUGUGGUCGUGCUUAUCGUGAGAUGCUCAGUUCCUGUCCACUGACUUCACCCAUUUCUCAGUGAAACGUCUAACAACUCAGGCCUCACCUUCGGUCACAUUAAAAUGCUUUGACGGUUUUUUUUUUUAAUUUUAUAUAUAACUGCAGACUGAUAAUAAAAAGCUAAUUAAAACAGACCGAAAGGGACGGGUUGUGUGUUCAGCAGUGCGUACUGGUAUUUACUGACUGCCUGUCCAAAUAUCAACGUUAAUCCUGAAAGCAAUGAGACACGACGUCUUUAGUAAGCACCUUUAAUAAGUACUCGAUCGAAAGGAAAAUUCCAACCUUGCAUUUUCAUAUUUAUAAUUAAACAUUGAUCUUCAAUGGAAAUCACGAUUUUAAACAUCUUUCAUCAACGUUUGUCUAGUUUCAUUGAGGUUAACCCUUCCGUUCAUUACCCACAGUGCUCUUCGGCUGCCUGCUGAUAGCGGUGCCGUUGGGAAUUUUGCUGCAUUCGAUUUCUCUCAGAAGUAAAAACACAGAUGCCUGGAUAUUAGCAACAAUCUCACCAGCUAAUAUUAGUGAUGGAUAUUUACCUCGUCUAAACAGCAGACUAUAUAGUUAAUGUUAUAGAUUUAACAACUGUUAUUCUAUCCACAUUCACUGGAUAUGAGCAAUCACGCGCUCUGAUUGGCUACUCAACUACUAGCUCAUAUACCAUGAGUAGAGAAAAACAAAAUGGCAGAGUGUCAAUGAACCAACCGAGGAUGGAAUAAAAACUCUACUUGAAAACAAAACCCUAAAAAUUGCAAAAAAAAAAAAAAAAAAGCAAAAUAUGGAAUAAAAGUAUUUAAUAAUAAGAAUGUUUUUUUUUUUUCAAUAAUAAUUAUUAUUAGCGCAUUUUUCACAAAUUGCAGCUCUUAUUUCGCCGGUUUGUUUACAUUCUAAGCGGAAAUUAUUUUGUCGGAUGUUUUGUAUAAAGUUUUUAUUUAUCGGAUUUGCAAAAAAUAACAAUAAAAAUGCUCCGUUUCUCAAAACCCAGUGAAUGUGGAUAGAAUUAAAGUUAUUCCACUCAAUCUCGUCAUGCACGUUUAUCAGCUCAUGUACAACUCGAAUUUGUGGAAUAACUUAAUUUUUUUCGCAGUCCGGUUUCCAUCAAAUCCUACGCUCUGAUUGGCUGGCGAGCGGGUCCGUAUCCUACGUGACGGACCCCGGUUACGGACCUCUGGCGACUCGCUCAUUCGCAACAACAAACAUGGUAGCAAUUUUUGUCAACAUUUAUCUUUUUUAUAAGAUUUAUUUACAAGAUUUUUAUCAAAAUUCUUAUAAAUUUUUGCCAGCAUUUCUCAGGAGAACAGCAUUAAUUUUACAGCAUGGAUAGCGAUAACGACAGUGUUCACAGUGAAAGCGAGUUUUACUACCCUGAGGAAGAAGAAAUAAAAGAAAACAUUUCAGGAGAAAGCUAAAAACCUCUAACUGUUGCUAACGCCGAGCAAAAACAUGGCUGAAUCCUGAAUGACUCAAUUUUGUAUAAAUAGGGGACUACAUAGGCGGCUAAAUGUAGUUUUUUUUCCUGCCAUGGAAGUGCACUUGUAUACCGAGGAGGAAGCCGUUUGCAUUACAGCUGUGAAUGAGGAUUCAAAAUGGCGGCUCGCCUCGGCUCAGUUUUCCCUUUCGGGCGCUCUCGUUUUCUGUUAGAAUUUGGUAAAAAAAUAAAUAUAUUAUUUACCAGCUUAAGGUCGGUCCGUAUGGUGAAAUACUGUGACCUCGGCCCAGAGGGCCUCGCUCAGUACUUUCAAGACCUCGGUCACAGUAUUUCACGAUACGGACCGCCCAGCUGGUAAAUAACAUAUAUAUAUAUAUAUAUAUAUAUAUAUAUAUAUAUAUAUAUAUAUAUAUAUAUGUUGAUGGAUCAUGACUCGGAAAUAUUUGUAUAGUACAGUACAGUAUAACUCCUUUAAAAGUUAAAAAGUGCUACUGUCAGUGUUGUAAGCUGAACUCAGGAUUGAGGACACACAACUUCCCGAAUUUCCAAGUAGGAAUCCUGGUUCGAAGGGGGUUUUCUUUGGUUUUUCCUACUCCGAUAUCGAAAAUGUCUUCGUCAAAUGUUUUAGUCAAAGGCAUCGUUAAUUAGUCCUCACGCCAUCUCUCUACCAAAAGAGAGUGAUGGUCUCUCCAGCUCUCUCACCUCCUCAUCUGUACACUCCGCUUAAACAGGUCAGCUUCGAAAGCUUGAACUUUCACGUAUCACGCGUGACACAGCUAUACUAACAUCUCCACGACUUCCAUGCUGGAUUUCUCAUUAAUAUGACUGAGAAAUGAAGCUUUUCCUGCUUUUUUAAUCGCUAACAGCAAAACCUGAGUGUGCUAUCCGUCAUAUUUUGAGAUGAUGGGGGGCGUCGUGGCUCAGGUGGAUAAGGCGCCAUACCAUAAAUCCGGGGACCCGGGUUUGAUUCCGGCCUGAGGUCAUUUCCCGAUCCCUCCCCGUCUCUCUCUCCCGCUCAUUUCCUGUCUCUACACUGUCCUAUCCAAUAAAGGUUAAAAAAGCCCCCAAAAAAAUCUUUAAUAUUUUGAGAUGAUGGAUCUUUUUGUUGACGUUAACACCAUUUAAAACUAGAAUCGUACAGGAAUCUUGAAAAUACACCACCAGUCAAAAACAACACUCGAUUAAGACAUCACGAAUAUCUCAAUAUAAACCUAUUGAACAUGCUUGAGGCUGGAGUUUUCCUUUACAGCAAGUUCUUGAGUGCUUCAUAUGACGAAUAUUGUGUGGAAGAUGUCCAUGCCUUCAUCUAGCACUUCCUGGUUGAUGUGACCACCAGAGGUGGACAGUAACGAAGUACAUUUACUUGAGUUCUGUACUUAAGUACACUUUUUGAGUAUCUGUACUUUACUUGAGUAUUAAUAUUUUGGCAACUUAUGACUUUAACUUUACGACAUUUGAAAGACAAAUAUCGUACUUUUCACUCCACUACAUUUCUAUCAAGCUCCUCGUUACUUGUUACUAUGAAGCAGCUUUGAAAGUGGAUGUUUUUUCUUUCCUUUUCUAAAACGUGAUGGUUUUUUCGCAGGUGACACUGAGACAGCCAGUCAGUAAUCACUAGGGUCACGUCACGUCCAUAGACUGGAUAAAAUCAAGAUCAAUUAUUUCUCAGCAACAUUAUUUAACACGAUGAGUUGAUGGCAGAAUGGAAGGAGGCGGUUCUUCUGGCAAAUGCACCACUGAAAGGAUUAAAGAUUCGUUUCGUUUUAAAUGUUUGCUUUGUUUGGCUAAAACGAACCACAUCAAAAACUCGCCAUCCAACCUGCGGAAGCAUAUUGAGGGAUGUGAACGUUUUAUUCCAAGACAAAGCUUGCAACGAAGUGGUCUGUGCUUUUAGAGCUAACGAUAACGUUGCAAUAGCUAUGCAGUCUGAUUCGUCAAAUGACUUUCUAUGGAUUUUCCCGCCAAGUUGCCAUCGCCUUGUCCACGGCUAACGUUAACACAUAGCUAGUUAACUUGGACACUGUUUUUACAUGCUAACUAACAGAGUUAUGCUAACAUGAAUAACGUUAACUUAUCUGAAGUCCUUUCAGAAAUAUGUUUUAGCAUAAUCUUGCCAAAUAAACAAUGUAGAAAUCUUUCUUUUCUAGUAGCGUUAGCUACCCAAUAUGAUUUUGAGUUUGAAAAGAGUUUGCUAGCAUGUCGGGUAGAGUUUCACUGACUAGCUAGCUUAGCGUUAAACCACCGUGACGGCACGGCAUGCGUUCAUUUUGUGAAUUCACAUUUCUGUCUUUGGUAACGGCGUUAGGUUUUGUAAGCGUUGUGGCAAUAAUACAACGAUGCGUUGACAGAAAAUGUACUUUUAAUACUUAAGUAUUUUUAAAAGCGAGUACUUCAGUACUUUAACUUAAGUAAAAAUUUGACUGGAGAACUUUCACUUGUAUCGGAGUAACAUUUAACCAGUGGGAUCUGUACUUUGACUUAAGUAAUGAAGUUGGGUGCUUUGUCCACCUCUGGUGACCACACACUUCGCAGGAGCAAGCCCCAGUGCCUCGGGAAUAUUAAAUGUCAUAAAGGAAGCUGCUAAUUAAUGUGACAUUUGACAAAAAAAAAAAAGUGGUGAAUAAAUUCUCAGCACUCGGAGUUUGACCAUGCCCUUUCAGGCAGGAUGAUGCAGGUUUGCCGUGUGACUCAGACCAUCUACAUGAUAAGUUCCCAGAGUGCACACGGCCUCUCAAAACGAUUCGGCUGGCGAAUAAAAGUCUGUCGUGCCAAGACAUGAUCCGAGCCCAGACAUGUGUUUUCGUAUUAACAGGAAAGCUUGAGGGUUCAGAAAAAGAACUGAAUGGUUUCAAGCAGAGAAGAAACGAUCACGUGUGUUCUCAAAAUGAGAUGAAAAGUGUACUCGCUGUUUGUUUCGUGACUGUCUGAAAACAUUUCUCGGCAUCAUUUGUUGAACCCGAAACAAAAAAGGGAUGUAUAACAAGUGCGCAAAGGCAAAUGUGUGUUAUAAUCGCUUUGAAUUGAGUUAUUAUAAUCCAGUCUCAAUUCCCACAAUCCUUUGUGGAGUUGUGGAUUUUACUUGACGAUGUGCGUAUCACAGCAGGGAUUAAAAGCAUCAUUACGCUGCUUGUCUCACGACUUAUUCCAGCCUUUUCCAUCUGGUACAAAACAGGAUCUCGUCACGCUCUUGGUCUUCUCUGGUCUCCGUUUGGACAGUCCUUUUGAAAAAGUGCUCGUGUGUGUAUUCCUUAUGGAUAUAGCGAAAGGAGAUACUAUAAACAACGACUAAUUAUCACGAUAUCUCGAACGUGGAUGUUUGCCGGCUUUAAGAGCAUACCUUUGUGAUAUAGCCUAGACUGGUAGAUUGCAGACACUAACCGAGUUAAAUGUCCAAACAAGUGAGAUGACUCUAUUGUAUUAUAUCUGCAUGUGGUCUGUGAUUGUUAGCUAGACAUUUUUUUAGAGAAAAGCCAGAAAAAUAUGGAGAAAAUAUGAAAAAAGCGGGUUUUUUUUGUUUUUUUUCCCGUUAUUGUCCGUUCCUUUCUUUUUCGUUUUCAUUAAUGUCUGAAAUGUCAGAUUGUGUUCUAUGAAUGUUUUGUGUUUUAAUUUAUUUGUGGUUUGCCAAAAUGAUGAUUUGGAAGCAUGUUGCAGGUAUUGUCACUGAUCCAAGAUUUAAAAAAAAAAAAAAAAAAGAAGAAAAAAAAAGAAAAAGAAAAAAAGCAGAAUGAUGUGAACCUGUAUUGAAGGAAUCGCCUGAUUGUAUGUAGUGAUCUCAGGCUCCAGAGUGGAAGGAAUAAACCGAGGGACGAAUUGUAUUUUCAAGACUACACAAGCAACAUCGCAGGACAUGAUGGAAGCAAAACCAAACAGGAAUGUGCAAUAAAUGCUGUAGGCUUAUUCAAA